GGGCAGUACAGAUCUCAACCACUUACUUCACUGUCUUACGCAUAAAUUCAUCGUCCCCAGUUUCACCGCGUUUCUAUCUGAUUUUCCCCAUUUCGAGCCCAAAUCUCUCUUUAUCUCUUUAAUUACAGUUGAUCUCUGAAGUUCCAUGUAAUCCAUUUUCACUUCAGGUGGCAUUCUCUUCAAGAUCCCAUUUUCCAUUUAAUCCAUUUUCACCACACCAAUCCGCCAUUCUGCCUCUCCGUCUUCAUCUUUUGAGCUGUUGAAAUACAUCCAAAUUUACUCUUAAACCUAAGAGGCCAACAAAUCUUGAAGUAAAUCUUGUGAAUUUACUGAUAAGUGGGUCAUCAAUUGUAAAGAUUCCUUUUUGUUUUGCGGAAUCUCGUUUCGGUGCUAAAGUAAGUAUAGUUACUGAAUUUAUCAAGCCACCACAUUGAAGACACGAUGGACGAGGAGAAUGAAGUCGAACUUUUACAAAGAUAUCGUCGGGACAGGCGGGUACUUCUAGAUUUUAUACUUGCUGGUAGCUUAAUAAAGAAGGUGAUAAUGCCACCAGGAGCAGUAACAUUGGAUGAUGUGGAUCUGGAUCAAGUCAGUGUGGAUUAUGUUCUUAAUUGUGCAAAGAAAGGUCACAUGCUUGAACUCUCGGAAGCUAUAAGAGAAUACCAUGAUAGCACUUUAUUCCCUAACAUGAAUAAUGCAGGUUCAGCCGAUGAAUUCUUUCUGGUUACCAAUCCCGAAUCUUCAGGUUCCCCUCCCAGAAGGGCACCCCCACAUGUCCCAGUUGUGGUUCCAUCACCUAUUUUACCUGGCCUUUCAAUUUCGGAGCCUCUCGACACUGAAGAAGUUGAUGAAGUAUCGAGUUUGUCAAAAUCUCAGUCUCUUAACUCCUCUCAAGUUCAAGAAUUAACUGUAGAUGACAUUGAUGAUUUUGAUGACGACGAUCUGGAGGAGGUUGACAGUCGUAGGUACUCCAGAAGAGUUCUAAAUGAUGCCUCUGAUGUGGCCCUGGGAUUGUCUUCCUUUGCUACUGGUAUUACAGACGACGACCUCCGCGAAACUGCAUAUGAGAUCCUCCUUGCUGCAGCUGGAGCUUCAGGGGGCCUUAUUGUUCCGUCUAAGGAGAAAAAAAAAGAAAAGAAGUCUCGAUUGAUGAGGAAGCUAGGACGAAGUAAGAGUGAACAUGUGAUGCAAUCCCAGAAUUCUCCUGGUUUGGUUGGUCUAUUGGAGACGAUGCGUGUUCAGAUGGAGAUUUCUGAGGACAUGGACAUCAGAACAAGAAGAGGGCUUCUUAAUGCCAUGGUGGGAAAAGUUGGAAAAAGAAUGGAUACUCUCUUGAUCCCAUUGGAAUUGCUGUGUUGUAUUUCACGUACGGAGUUUUCUGACAAGAAGUCAUAUAUAAGGUGGCAAAAGAGACAAUUAAACAUGUUGGAGGAAGGGCUUGUAAAUCAACCUGCUGUAGGAUUCGGAGAAUCUGGGCGAAAAAUGAGUGAUUUAAGGGCCCUUCUGGCGAAGAUUGAAGAGUCUGAGUCUCUUCCAUCCUCUACUGGUGAGCUUCAGCGGACAGAAUGUUUAAGAUCUCUCAGAGAUAUUGCCAAUCCGCUUGCAGAGAGGCCAGCGAGAGGAGACUUAACUGGUGAAAUAUGCCACUGGGCAGACGGAUAUCACUUAAACGUUAGAUUAUACGAGAAACUAUUACUCAGUGUCUUUGAUGUUUUGGACGAAGGAAAACUUACAGAGGAAGUGGAAGAAAUGUUGGAGCUGUUUAAGUCAGCCUGGCGUAUCUUGGGAAUCACAGAGACCAUUCAUUACACUUGCUAUGCAUGGGUGUUAUUUCGGCAGUUUGUCAUCACUGGUGAGCAAGGAAUCCUGCAGCAUGCUAUUGAGCAGUUGAAGAAAAUACCUUUAAAGGAGCAACGGGGUCCACAGGAGAGAUUGCACUUAAAAAGCUUGACUUGCAGAGUUGAGAGUGAGAAGGGAUUUGAGGAAUUAACUUUCUUGCAGUCAUUUCUAUUACCUAUCCAAAAAUGGGCUGACAAGCAGCUGGCGGACUACCAUCUCCAUUUUGCAGAGGGAUUGAAAUUGAUGGAGAAUGCCGUGGUGGUUGCAAUGGUUGUUCGGAGGCUUCUUCUUGAAGAACCAGAACUGGCAAUUUAUUCUUUACCUGUCACAGAUGCUGAGCAAAUAGAGUCUUACGUGUCAUCUUCAAUUAAAAAUGCAUUUUCUAGGAUUUUAGGGGAUGUUGAAACAAUGUCAGAUGUAGCAAAUGAACAUCCUUUAGCAAUGCUUGCAGAACAGACAAAGAAACUUUUGAGAAAAGAUACAACAAUGUAUAUGCCUAUCCUAUCUCAGCGGCAUCGCAAUGCCAGUGCUGUUUUGGCAUCUCUUGUUCACAGGCUUUAUGGUGUCAGACUAAAACCCUUCCUUGAUAGUGCCGAGCAUCUUACAGAGGAUGUUGUAUCUGUGUUUCCGGCUGCUGAUAGUCUUGAGCAAUAUGUUUUAACAAUCAUCACAUCUACUUGCGAAGAUGGAGCUGCGGAGUCUUACUGCAAGAAACUAAAUUUAUACAAGAUUGAGACCAUAUCUGGAACAUUGGUGCUGCGCUGGGUCAAUUCACAGCUUGGAAGACUUCAGGCUUGGGUUGAGCGGGCUAUUCAACAGGAGCGGUGGGCCCCAGUGUCUACUCAACAAAGACAUGGAAGUUCAAUUGUUGAAGUUUACAGAAUUGUUGAAGAGACAGUUGAUCAGUUCUUUGCUCUUAAUGUUCCAAUGAGACCUGGAGAAUUGAGUAGCCUUGUUCGUGGCAUUGAUAAUGCUUUUCAAGUAUAUGCCAAACAUGUGGCUGACAGCCUAGCUAACAAGGAAGAUAUAAUUCCACCUGUACCAAUUCUCACGAGAUACAGGAAGGAAUCCGGAAUUAAAGCUUUUGUAAAGAAGGAAUUAACAGAUUCAAGGUUACCUGAAGUUAGAAAAUCGAGUGACAUCCAAGUUUUGGCAACUCCAACUCUCUGCGUCCAAUUAAAUACCCUUUAUUAUGGAAUUAGCCAACUGAAUAGACUUGAAGAUAGCAUUUGGUCACGGUGGACAAGAAAAAGGAACCAUGACCAGUCGUUAAAGAAACCCGUGGAAGAAAACUUGAGAAGUUCCACGAAGGACACGUUCGAUGGGAGCAGAAAAGAUAUCAACGCUGCUAUUGAUCAAAUUUGUGAAUUUACUGGAACUAAAACAAUUUUCUGGGAUCUGAGAGAGCCUUUUAUUGAUAAUCUAUACAAACCAAGUGUUGCUCAGUCAAGGUUGGAGUCACUGAUUGAAUCUCUUGAUACGGUGCUUAAUCAAUUGUGUGAUAUCAUCGUGGAGCCACUCCGAGAUCGUGUAGUCACAGGGCUUCUUCAAGCAUCACUGGAUGGCUUUCUCCGUGUUAUAUUAGAUGGAGGUCCUUCACGCGUAUUCACCCCAGCCGAUGCUAAGCUACUAGAAGAAGACUUGGAAACCUUGAAGGAAUUCUUCAUUUCUGGAGGCGAUGGACUUCCUCGUGGAGUUGUGGAGAAUCAAGUAUCACGUGUUCGACAGGUGAUAAAGCUCCAUGGAUACGAGACUCGGGAAUUGAUCGACGACUUGAAAUCUGGAUCUGGUGGUGAAAUGGAAAUGCAGGGUGGCGGUCGGAGUAAACUGGGGGCCGAUAUACCGACCCUCAUACGAGUAUUGUGUCAUAGAAAUGAUUCGGAGGCUUCUCAGUUCCUCAAGAAACAAUAUAAGAUCCCCAAAUCUACUGCAGCUUAGUGUGAUGAUCUUAACAACAAACACUCUUUUAUGUAUUAUCCUUCUUUAUGCUAAUAGUGAUUGCCAAUGUAAUCCAUUAUUCUUUUCCUUUUGUGCGUGGGAUGAAAUCAUAUAAUUAAUUCGUUUAUUCAAAUUU